CUGUACAAUGAAUGCCGAACAAUAGCCCUUAGCAAGAUGCGAUACCAAUACACAUACACAUGCACUUACAAAUCCCAACACAUAAAAGAUGACCCCCAAUAAACACCACCACCACCACCAACAAUCAUCACCAUCAUCGAUAAUAGCCAAAAAUAAAGCCUCGCCGACCACCAAAAUAAAAUUCCGCACUCCGUCCGCAUCAUGGUCAACUCCGUAUCGCGACCGCAACCACGCCGGCGCCGCAAUGGCUAGAAACAAGCGAACGCAGAAGAUUUCGCAAUGCAUUGCCGUUCCUAGCUCUUUUUGACGAAGCAGCAGAACGCCUCUCCCGCUCUCGCUCGCUCGCUGACCCCUCUUCUGGGUUAGCGACGGACGCGGGCAAU